UUUUAUUUGUUAGAACUCUGUAAGGGUAUUUAUAUUAUUAUUGAGAUUUAUAUCGUCAUUUUAAUUACCAUGGAGAGCCGUUUUAUUAUCAAGAGCUUUCAUGGCCUAAAGAAGGAGUCCGUCAACGAGGGCCUCCGUAAGAAGAUGGAGCACAAUGCCAAGCUCCGCGCUUUGGAGGCAAAGGAGUUGGCACGCUUGCGUGAGUUGAAGCAUAAAAGGCAUGUUGCCUUGAAGCAGAGAGCUCUCAAGUAUGCAGAGGAAUACUUGCAACAGGAAAAGGAACUUGUUGAGUUGAGACGUAAGGCAAAGGCCGAGGGCUCAUUCUACAAGGAGCCAGAAGCCAAGGUUGUCUUUGUUGUCAGAAUAAAGGGUAUCAACAAGCUUACCCCAAAGCCAAAGCUUAUUUUGAGACUCUUCCGUCUCUUGCAGCUUCACAAUGGUGUCUUCAUCAAGAUGAACAAGGCCACCAGCGAAAUGCUCAAGCUUAUCAACCCAUAUGUCACAUAUGGAUAUCCUUCACUAGGAACCAUUAGGAAGUUGUUAUACAAGAGAGGAUACGCCAAAAUCGGUCGCCCUGGAGCUCGCCAAAGAGUCAGAUUGAACAGCGAUGAUUUGAUCAGCGAGCAUUUGGGAGAGUUUGGCAUUCAUGGUGUUGAGGAUUUGGUACACGAGAUCUAUACCUGUGGACCUCACUUUAAGGAGGCUACCAAUUUCUUGUGGCCAUUCAAGCUCAGCUCACCACGCAAGGGAUUUGUUGCCAAGAGACAUGGCUUCUCAGAGACCAGAGGGGGUGAUGCCGGAAACCGUGAGGAACUCAUCAACAAAUUGUUGGUUCGCAUGAUUUAAAUCACACUAUAAUUUCUACUUUAUA